GGUUACAGCAUUUGUAUGGUGGGUCCUCUGAAGGUAAAUCUAAGGUUAGGAGCAGCUGGCUGUUUGAUUAAAUAUUGGAGUAGCACCGUUCAUCACAGGAAGUGAGAAGCAUUGACCAUGUCGCUCGCAAUUCCUGCUCUUCAAUCUCAGCUUUUCAGGACUUCACCAUCCAUUAGAGCUGAGUCACGCACGGCGGAUGUUUCUCUACCGCUCCCUACUACUCCUUUCGCCCGUGCUCUUCGGUUCUCGAACAUUCCCACUAUCUCAAUUGCUACCGGAAACCGGGACGGACGGUUAAGAUCUGUUCGUUGCCUAUCUGCUCUGAAUCCUAACUUGAAGGAUACACUGGAUAAGGUUGUCACAUCACAAAAAAUUGUGCUGUUCAUGAAGGGUACCAAGGACUUUCCACAAUGCGGAUUCUCAAAUACCGUUGUGCAGAUAUUAAAAUCGCUAAAUGCACCCUUCGAGACAAUAAAUAUCCUUGAAAAUGAAGCACUUCGUCAAGGAUUGAAGGAGUAUUCCAGUUGGCCAACUUUUCCACAACUCUACAUUGAUGGGGAGUUCUUUGGUGGCUGUGACAUCACUGUAGAAGCAUACAAGAGCGGAGAGUUGCAAGAAUUGCUAGAAAGGACUUUGUGCUCCUGAUGGAUUCGGAUGUAAUAAACCCAUUCUUGAAUAGUCAUGGACUAUCAUGUGUAUGUUUUAUGUUACUGCAGAUGAUAAGUAUAUACUUUAUGUUUGUUUCCCGAUCAAGGACUGGACUUUAAGAGAUUAAUACAUUUUGGAAAAAUACGGUUUUCUAUUGCAUCCAUUAAGUAAGAAUUGCAGAGUGCUUGAGA